AUGUCGAGACAGGGAUUGCCAAAGCCGACAACACUCCAGCCCAAAUCUGUUCUCUGUGCAAAGGGCUGGUUUUCUUCACCAGGCAUCUCUUGGGACGAGGGCUUGAGGACAGUUGUAGCCGAUAAGCAGGCCAAUUUCACAGCUUUGCUGAGGAGCGAUCUCAUCUGUAAGGUGUUCAAGAUGAGGCCUUGCCAGUCUCUGCCUCGGCGCGUCUCCGCCUGUCUGUGGAAAGAUGGUUUGAAGGCUUACACGGCUCCAGUGGGUCACGUCAUGCACCUCUCUGGCAUGCCUGUCUACCUGAAUGACUCCACCUAUGAUGGGAGCACUGAGCAAGGGAUGCAGUUCGGAGGCCUGGGUCAGCUGUGCGACGGCGUCCUGGGAGGAGACGACUUCAUGCAGACUAAAGAGCUGAGGGUCUGGCCCGGGUACGACUACCUGGGCUGGAGCCGGGAAGCCCUCGGGCAAGGCAGCGUGGACAUUGAGUUCGACUUUGAGAAACCACGCCUCUUCAACAACAUGCAGGUGCACAGCAACAACCCGCCACACUCAGGGCGUGCGAGGUCUUCGCAAAGUUGGAGUGUCUCUUUAAGCCCAGCAUCCUGCAAGCCGUCGGUCUGCGGCCCUCACAGCUGGCCCGUGCCCACUGGCCGCAUCCUUGGAACAAUCAUGGUGGGCAUCAUCCUCCUGCUAUUGGCUGUGAUCGCUGUCAUUCUGUGGAGGCAGUACUGGAAAAAGAUCCUGGGCAAGGCGCAGGGCAGUCUCGCCGGUGACGAGCUGCGGGUCCACCUGUCGGUGCCCUCGGACAACGUGGUGAUCAACAACACACACAGCUACUCCAGCCGCUACCAGCGCAUACACACCUUCCCCGACGACCGAGACCACGAGGCGGAGGGAGAAUACCAGGAGCCCAGCGCCCUGCUGCGGCCGCGCGACUACAGGGAGAGCACAGUCUUGCUGUUAAACAACCCAGCCUAUCACCUGCUCCUGUCAGAUCACAGGAAAGGCUGCACACCUGUCCCCAACACCAGUCAGCCAGCUCAGGAAAAGAGCCUCAAUGUGCCCCAGGCCUGUGGUUCGGACAUGGACAUGGAGAAGGGUUUCCCCCCGACUCAAGAGGAGCCCCCUCCCUACCCUGGCUCUCCUCCCUACCCCUCCCUGUCUCCCCCCGUGUCUCCCCCGCUGCCUCCCAGCGUGCCUCACUACGCCGAAGCGGACAUCGUGAGCCUGCAGGGCGUCAGCGGCAACAACACCUACGCCGUGCCCGCGCUGACCUCCUGCAGCCCGGGGGCCGACGGCGCCCCGCUGCCCGAGCUGCCCCGCCACUUCCUCGUCUUCAAGGAGAAGCUAGGAGAAGGACAGUUCGGAGAGGUGCACCUGUGUGAAAUCGAGAACCCUCAGGACUUUCCCACCCUGGAGUUCCCCUUCAAUGUGAGGAAAGGUCGCCCUCUGCUGGUGGCCGUGAAGAUCCUGCGCCCCGACGCCUCCAAGAACGCCAGGUUUGUAACACAUAUUUCUUUCUGCUUUUACAUUUCCUUCACUAUGUCUAUGCAUUUUUCCUGUGUAAGGGGACACUUUACCCGAUAUAUUGACAACAUACCCUUCCCUAAAUCUAUCAACUCUAUCCCCCUCAGUUACCCAGCCCUCAUCUCCAUGGCGAGCCAGAUAGCGUCAGGCAUGAAGUUCCUCGCCUCGUUGAACUUCGUGCACCGAGAUCUGGCCACGAGAAACUCUCUGGUCGGGGGGGAGAAGGGUGAGAGCGGGGAUGAUCGGGGGGGAGAGCGUCACAUCAAGAUCGCUGACUUUGGGAUGAGCAGGAACCUUUACGCUGGAGACUACUACAGGAUCCAGGGCCGCGCCGUGCUGCCCAUACGCUGGAUGGCCUGGGAGUGUAUACUCAUGGGUAAAUUCACCACGGCCAGCGAUGUGUGGGCGUUCGGCGUGACGCUGUGGGAGAUGCUGAGCGUUUGUCAGGAGCAGCCGUACUCCAACCUGACCGACGAACAAGUUAUCGACAACGCCGGGGAGUUCUUCAGAGACCAGGGCAGACAGGUGUUUCUGAGCAGGCCGGCUGUGUGUCCUCAGGGUCUCUACGAGCUCAUGUUGAGCUGCUGGAACAGGGACUGCAAACUCCGUCCGUCCUUCACAGACAUCCACUCCUUUCUCACCGAGGACGCCAUGAACAUGGUGUAGAGAGAGAACAGGCUGCAGUGGGAGGUGUGGUGGAGGCAGAUGAGAGGGAGAGUGGGUUGCUCGCUUUUAUAUUUGUACUUUUUUGGGUGGAUGGGGCUGAGACGCCGCUGGUUCGGUUUAUUUCCACAUCAGACCCCCAACCCCAAAUGCAAAACUAACCAAGCUUUGGAUUGGUAACGGUCCGCGCUAUAUUUCACUGGUGGUGGGUGCAGUCUGCAUAGGAACUUUCUCUCUUCUCAGAUACUUUAACAUAAAGCAGGGUGUGUGUGCCUGGUGAUUAAGUGCUGUAGAGUUAAUAAUACAGGAAGCUGUAGGCAGUAAAUGACUCAUAAUACUACAACCAUAGCAAGCUAGGA